CGCCACAGACACCAACAGCCGCGUUGAUGGUCUUGAAAAGAAAAAUAAUAUGCUGGAACAACUCAUUAUCAUCAUCGAUGGGCGGUUGGGUGCCCACCGCCACGCCAUGCUCACGAUGCAGCAAAUCAUCGAAGCCCGCUUCAGUGAAGUUGACGAACGAUUUGAAGAUGUCGAAGCCGUUGCGGGAGAAGUCGAAACCGCCGUCCAAGGCCACCAUGUAGACAUCCGCUUCAUUCGCGACAGCAUCGACGCAUUCAAGGCCCACGUUGAGAAGCAGCAUGGUUCUUUAUACGAGUACUUCCGCAUCACCAAGGCCCUCCUCGAUGCCACCGACGCCGACGUCCGUGUCAUCCGCGAAAACGUCACCGGCCUCACCGGGCAAGUCAGCAAAGCCGUGCAACGCAUCUGCAGCCUGGAGACCCUUGCCAAAGAGGCCGAGGAAUUGUUCAAGCAGCAGCUCGCCGCCGUCCAGGGGAACAUCACCACCAUCAACCAGAGACUCACUUCCGGCCUCGAGAAGCUGACCAUCACCGACAAGAAAGCAACCGCUGCCCAGACCCAAAUCGCCGGCGUCACCUCUAAGCUUCGCGCGCUGCAAGACUGCUUCGCCACGUACAACGCGUGGUGGGCCGACGCCAACACCCAGUUCCGCACGCUCCUCGCCAACAUUGCGAAGACCAACAUGGCGGUGGCAACGCUGCGCAACACCUCCACCCUGCACAAGGACUACAUCUUGUUCCUUUACUCCCAGGUUCUCCCCGAGUUCUCCCGGGACGCACUGCAGACCUACACUGACACCGUCGUCGAUGCUCAGCCGGGCGCCCCGCUCCAGGUCGAUGUCGUGCUCAACGAGCGGGUGCAGUCUGCGCUUCUCCGCAUGCUUGGUGAGCAGAUGGGCCCAGAGGCGUCGCGGGCUGGCAGUCGUACCGCGCCCGCGCGGGACCAGCAGGGGGACGAGGCUUUGAAGCCCGGGCCGCUUAGGAUAAGGAAGAAGGCUCCUGUCGGUCAUGCUGCGGAGGCUCUGACUGACAGAUUCCUCCGGGAGCUCGAGGCUGCGCAGUGCGGGCCGUCAGCGGGUAACGAGUAGGCAGGGCUGCCCGAUUCGAUAUCUCCCGCAUGCAGAGCCCGGUGCCGGGCAAGGAGAGGACCACGACAAUCGAAUGACAAGAUCCGCACGACCAGGCACCUACGACGCGACAACACCCGCCCACGACGCAAAGCUACCCAAGGCGCGCCACGCUGAAACAUCUACCCACUCACGAC